CUCCUGCCCACUGCAUCCCCACCCCCUUGACCUCUUCCAACAGAACUGGGCCCUGCCGCCUUUUAAUCAUUUCUCUUCUUUCCGACCCCCUCCCCUAUUUCUCUUCUCCCACCUACCCCCUGCAGAAAAAAGCAGCUUGCCAAGGCUGAUCUGAGCCUCCCCUACCCCACCCAUCCCAGGCUUCAGUUUCAUGCCACGGCUCCGUGGGCCUGUCGUUCUACACACAGUCAAUGCCACCCGCAUCUCCCCCAGCGCCCCCUCCCUCAGGAUGUCCCAGCUCUCUUCCACCUUGAAGCGCUACGUGGACUCACCCCGCUACUCGGACACCUUGCCUUGCAGCAAAGCCUCCACCAGCUAUGCCACCUAUUCCUACUCUUCAAAACUCUCCGCCUCCUACUCGGACAAAGAGAAGCUCAACUACAAGCCCACCACUCCUUCCAGCUACUUGACUUCUACCCACCUGCGGACGUCGGGGGCCACCGCCUCCUCUUCCUUGAACUUCGAUGGAGGCGGGAGGCUGCUCCAGCGCCCGGACUCGGGCACCAGGCUGAGCCCCGGAUACAGCCGGGUCCCCGUGCGGCCCCCCGGAGGGCUGAGUGGAGGGGCCACUUACUCCUUUGCGAACGGCCCUUCGACCAGCUAUGGUGCCAACCCGCUGGGACGCAAGAAAUCCAGCAGCCAUUCCGACUUGGCGCGGGACCUCUCCUCCAUGCACUUGUCCUCGGACCCCUACCCCUCCACCUCUACCCGCAGCCCCUUCAUCGCCCGCCCCCGACAAGAGCUCUGUAGCAUCCAAGGAUUUUACCAGACCAGCAGACACUCGGAUUAUGUCCAGGACUACUUGGAGUCCUACAGUCGCAAAGGGGGGCGCUCCCCGGGCCCUGGCAUGCACAACUCUACCCCGGAGGUCAUCACCCCUUCCCUCCGCCCCACUAGCCGUUCCUCCGUUCAGCAGUGGGAGUGGACUGACAGUCAGACAGACGUCCUGAGCAAGGAUAAUCCGAAUUCGAAAACGGUACAAGGUCUGACUGGUCUCCGAAACCUCGGGAACACCUGUUUUAUGAACUCCAUCCUGCAGUGCCUGAGCAACACCAAAGAGCUGCGAGAUUACUGCCUGCAGAGCCAAUAUGUCCGCGAUCUCAACAACAACAGUCGCAUGCAGAUGUCACUCAUGACAGAGUUCGCCAAGCUCAUCCAGGCGUUGUGGACUUCGUCUCCCAAUGAAUCCGUGAGCCCUUCCGAAUUCAAGAUGCAGAUUCAACGAUACGCUCCCCGCUUUGUGGGAUACAACCAGCAGGACGCCCAGGAGUUCCUGCGCUUCCUCCUCGACGGGCUCCACAACGAAGUGAACCGGGUGUUGGUCCGUCCCAAAGGCAACAAUGACAACCUGGACCAUUUACCGGACGACGAGAAGGGUAGGCAGAUGUGGAUGAGAUACCUGGCGAGAGAAGACAGCCGGAUUGGGGAUCUCUUUGUUGGGCAACUAAAGAGCUCCUUGACCUGCAGUUCUUGCGGCUACUGUUCCACUGCCUUUGAUCCUUUCUGGGACCUGUCCCUGCCCAUUGCCAAGAAAAGCUACGGCGAGGUGAAUUUGAUUGACUGCAUGCGACUCUUCACCAAGGAAGAUGUUCUAGAUGGAGACGAGAAGCCCACGUGCUACCAUUGCAAAGCGAGGACGAAAUGCAUGAAGAAAUUCAGCAUCCAACGUUUCCCCAAGAUCCUGGUUUUACACCUGAAACGUUUCUCCGAAGCCAGGAUGCGAUCCAGCAAACUCACCACUUUUGUCAAUUUCCCGCUUAAGGAUCUGGAUCUACGGGAAUUUGCCUCUCAGAAUUGCAAUCACGCAAUUUACAAUCUCUACGCCAUCUCCAAUCACAGCGGGACCACGAUGGGCGGCCAUUACACGGCCUACUGCAAGAGUCCCGUCUCUGGAGAAUGGCACACCUUUAACGAUUCACGCGUCACGCCGAUCUCCCUGGGCCACCUCCGCAGCAGCGACGCCUAUCUCCUCUUCUAUGAGCUGGCCAGCCCGUCUUCCCGAAUGUAGCUUCCAGGUCACGCUCCCCUCCGCCACCCGCCACGCACGUCCCCACGGAAAGGAAUCCUCGUAAUAUCCCGGAGGAAGGACGCAAGCCAUGCACCAGCUCAGAAAUGCAACGGGAGCGGGAUGGGGUGGGGGAGUGUGUAGAGACCCAGGACAAUGGUGACUUGAGGGAUUUUUUUUCUAAACUGGGUUUUCCCCCCCUUUUUUCCUAAAAAACAAGCAAAAGCAAAAAAAAGAGAGAGAGAGAAAGAGAGGGAGGGAGGAAGAAAAUGCUUUUAAUAAAGCGUUAACUAAAGUU